AUUGCACAUUUUAAACGGUCGUGUCGUGUAAACAAAACGAAAACAACCAACCAACCGAACCUGAAAGCAUACAAUCACCGUUGCCGCUACCGCCACCGCCAUCACCAUCGCAGUCACCAACAAAGAAAGAAGGAGGAAGCAUUUUGUCCCAAAAUCAAACAAAGACUUUUUCAAAUACCAGACCUCAAUACAAAAAUGGUUAAAACAUUUCAAGCUUAUUUACCGUCCACAAAUCGGACCUAUUCAUGUGUUCAUUGCCGAGCUCAUUUGGCCUCACACGAUGAGCUAAUCUCAAAAUCAUUUCAGGGUAGUCAAGGACCAGCAUAUCUCUUUAACUCUGUGGUCAAUGUGGGCUGUGGCCAAACAGAGGAGAGAGUACUGCUCACCGGUCUACAUGCUGUAGCCGAUAUAUUUUGUGAGUGUUGUAAAACUCCAUUGGGUUGGAAAUAUGAACAUGCCUACGAAUCGAGUCAGAAAUAUAAAGAGGGUAAAUAUAUCAUCGAAUUGGCACAUAUGAUCAAAGAAAAUGGUUGGGAUUGAAGAACCCAAGAGGAUGAACGAAAAAGGACCUAUGAGAAUGACAAAGAGAAAGAAAGUCAACGCAGACAGCAAUGUAAAAUGUAAAGGCAAUAAAAGAGAAGGAAUUAAUUGCUAACAACAAGUGAUAGACAGCGUUGCGCUGCGCUGCGCUGAAGAGAGGGGAUACAUGAAAGAGGAGGAAGGAAAUAUGAAAUAUAACGAUGGGGAGUUUAGUUUAUAAAAGAAAAAAAAAAGAAACCCAAAACAACAGCAACCAACAAAAGAAACUACAAGAACAUCAAAAAUUACUAUAACAACAACAACAACAACAACAAGAAGAACAAGAACCUUAAGCAACUACUACUACUACUACCAUAUAGUAAAGCGCCAGCAGAAGAAAAUCAACUUUAAGAUAUUUUGAAUAAGAUUAAUAACCAACAAUAACAACAACAACAACAACAUCAACCAGCAACAAACAUUCAUUCAUUUACCAUCUAUGUGCAAUUAUAUGCAGAGGCAGCUUUUUAGCGAACUGAUCAGUGCGAGCAGUGGCAUUAUUGUUAUGUUUUUUUCUUCUGAGUAGCAGAUGCUGUUUGAACCUAUGGCAAGAAAACUACAAUCGUGUGUGCUGUCUGUCUGCCUGUCUUGUAGUACUUUUUUUUCUUUUGUUUUUUUUUUAAGUAUACCCAGAUCAAAAAUGUUUGAUUUUAAGUGUGUUUCUUUCACUUUAUAUAGAUGCAUAUAUUUACAACAUUAUAUAUGUAGUAAUUAUACUAUUUUCAAUUGAUUUGAAAAUUCAAACGAAAUCGAUAAGAUAAAUGCCUAAAACACAA